UAGAUCUUCCUUCCGUCGGUGGUACACGAGUGCUGAAGUAGCGUUUUACCGGCGUGGUGUGGCUCCUAUUUGCCCCUUUUUCAUCUGCUAGGGCUUCCUUUUGAUCACCUGGAGACUUGUGUGGUCAGAAAAGACAGUGCCCUGGGAGCUUGCUGCCAGCCUUUGACCUGACCCGCGCAGCUCGGUGGCGGUGACCAUGCCGGGAGAGGUGGCGGCGCCCGAGAGCGGCCCGGUGGCCAGCGGCGGCCAGCCGGCCGACGGUCAGCAGCAGCAGCAGCAACAGCAGCCGGCGCAGCAGUCUUUCUUCUCCAUCUGCAAGGGCCUCAUAUUCCGCGCCUUUGUCAUCUAUCUCAUAUCGUCCAUGUUCAGGCGCCCCACCCCGCAGGCCGGGCCGGGCGGUGGAAAGCCGCAGGCGCCCGUGUACGCCACCAACAUGUUCGAAAAUGGAACGUUCAUGGACCUGUACGUGUAUGUGAGCGAGUCCGCCGACGGACCAGACUUCAGCCGGCCCGAGCAGCUGGCCUGGCGCCAGCUCGGACUACAGUACGGCGACUGGACGAGCGGGCCCGACGGCAACGGCAUCUUCUCCCACAAGCUCAUCUACCGGCCUUCGGAGGCGGUGCUCAACAACGGCUCGGUAUACCUGCACGUGUUCGUGGUGCGCGAGGGUCGCUCGCCGGACCCGUCCACAGGCCGGCUGUACUCGCGCCAGGAGACCAUCUCCGGCACCAAGCGGCUCAACAAGUUCAAACGCAAGGUGUACCGGCGGACGCAGAACCUGCUGACGGGCAGUUCGGAGAUUUCCGAGGAGGACCUCAAGGUAGGUGGCCACCUCCGUGGUGCCGUUCACGCCUCCCGCGCGGGCGGAGCCGGUCCGCUGAAGGGACGGCGGUCGGGGCGGAAGGAGAGCGAACUUGUCUCAGUCGCUAGCUCGCGGGCGGCCACGAUGGAUGACCGGCUUCACACCGACCGCGACAUCGCGGCGCGACGGAAGUCGGUUGUUGCGGACGGUCCAACACAGGGCUGGACGGUGGACUCAUUCGGCGCAGCGGCGUCUUCGGCGUACGAGCUGGCGGAGGCCAGGGCCGCGGUUUUCGACGCUCACAACAGGAAACCGUCGUCUUCGAAGGGAUCGACGUCGUUCUCGAAGGGGUCAAAGCCGGAGCCGGCCGCUCCGCCCGGCCGUGGCCCGCCGGCGACACUGUUGCCGCCUGGCGGUGACGUGAGGAACCUCGGCGGAGGCAGUGCACCGCGGUCGGCCGUUAUCGGCCACCCGCCGACGGUGCUGACGCGUAGCGGCGGCAGGAGGAGAGCAGGGGGAAAGAAACCUAGCGGCGACAUACCAACCAUGCCCACAAUCGUCGGUCGGCCGUCGGCUGUUCCUUCGCGAACUGACGGCGUGGGGAAGCCGAGCGGCGAUAUUGGGACAAAGUGCACGGCCGUCGGUCGUUCUUUCACAGCGCCACCGCGUGGUGGCGACGGAAGGAAACUGAGGGGCAUUAUUGGGACCAUGUUCACGGCCGCCGGUCGUCCUUCGACAGCGCCACCGCGUGGUGGCGGCGGAAGGAAACUGAGGGGCGUUAUUGGGACCAUGUUUACGGCUGUCGGCCAGCCGUCAACAGGGCUGCCUCGUAGUGGCGGAGGGGGAAAACUGAACGGCGGCGUUAGGUCGGCGCUCGCUGCCGGUCGUCGACUGCUGACCGUGCCGUCACCUGUUGGCGGCCGUAGGAAGCUCAGCGGUGGCCGGUUGUAUCCGCUUGCGACCACAAGCGGUGGUUGCGGACGCGGACCACGGGUCGUGCUGUCGCAUUGCGGCGAUGACGGUGAAUUGAGUGCCGGCUGUCCAGCGGCGCUUGUCUUCGUCGAGCCGCCGUGGACAGUGGUGCUGCGCGGUGGCGGCGACGGCAAGCGGAGUACCGCUUGUCCUAUGACACUCGCCCUCGUUGGGUCGCCGUUGGCAGUGCUGCCCCGUGGCGGCGGUGGCGGUAAACUAAGCGCGUGUUCUGCGGUGCUCGCCUUCGUCGUGUCACCGUCGAGAGUGCUGCCGCGUAGUGGCGGCAGGUAGAAGCUGUGCGGCUGCUGCCCCGACACCUCCGCUUCCCUGACUGGAGCUCUGGUUGAGACGUCGGCGCCGGCAGUUCGCGUCGUCGUGCCGCCGGGCGCCUCGGUCUGGAAGAGCCGGGUGUAUGUGACGGA